AUGGCAACAUCGAGCCCUUCUAAGAAAACAUUGUCAUCGCAAACGUCAUCCGCUGGACGCCCACCGCAGGCAGUGAAGUUUGCCCGCCGGACAUCAAGCGGUCGUGUCGUGAGCUUGUCCAGGGACGACGAUUUAGACAUGUCCGGUGAAUUUUCGGGCCCGAACGACUACAUCAAUUACACUGUCCUAAUGCCUCCCACACCGGACAACCAGCCCAUGGCAGGUUCUCCCGGUGCUGGACCCAGCUCGGACCCGAAGCCUGACCAGUCCGGGGGAUACGGAACCCGGUUUGCGUCAGAUCCUCAGAGGAUGAGCAGGCGGGUUGGGGAGGAGGGAGGUGGUUACGGUGGUGGAAAUGGCGAGAGUGGGGCAAAGAUGGAGAGAAGAAUGUCUGUGAUGAAAUCGAAUAAUAAAUCGAUGCUGUUGAGAAGCCAAACAGGUGAUUUUGAUCACAACCGUUGGUUGUUCGAGACGAAAGGAAAGUAUGGCAUCGGCAAUGCGUUCUGGUCACAAGAAGAGGAUGCUUAUGGAGAUGGUAGUGGAAUGAGUAUGUCAGAUUUUCUGGACAAGCCAUGGAAGCCACUCACAAGGAAAAUUAAGGUUCCACCGGCAAUUCUCAGCCCUUACAGAUUAUUAGUGGUGAUUCGCAUGGUAGUGCUAGCAUUCUUCCUCAUAUGGCGAUAUAGAAAUCCGAAUUACGAAGCAAUGUGGUUAUGGGGACUGUCGAUUGUCUGCGAAACCUGGUUCGCAUUCUCUUGGCUACUAGACAUACUUCCCAAGCUCAACCCAAUCAAUCGAGCCACCGACCUCGCCGCCCUCCGUGACAAGUUCGAGCAGGCUUCUCCUGCCAACCCUCAUGGUCGCUCCGACCUUCCCGGUGUCGACGUCUUCGUCUCCACCGCCGACCCGGAGAAAGAACCACCACUCGUCACUGCAAACACAAUUUUAUCAAUCCUUUCCGCGGAUUAUCCGGUGGAGAAGCUCGCUGGCUACAUAUCCGACGACGGUGGCGCAAUCCUGACCUUCGAAGCCAUGGCCGAGGCCAUUAGGUUUGCAGAAGUCUGGGUACCAUUUUGUCGAAAACAUGAUAUUGACAAUCGGAAUCCGGAUAGUUACUUCAACAGUAAAGGAGAUCCCACAAAGAAUAAAAAGAGGCCUGAUUUCGUGAAGGAUCGCCGUUGGAUCAAGAGAGAGUAUGAUGAGUUCAAGGUCAGGAUCAAUGGUCUUCCUGAAGCUGUAAAAAGGAGAAGUGAUGGUUAUAACUCCAGAGAGGAAAUGAAGGAGAAGAAGCUAGCCAGGGAGAAAAACGGUGGCGUUUUGCCCCCUGGAGAGCCCAUAAAGGUCACCAAGGCCACUUGGAUGGCUGAUGGAACCCACUGGCCUGGUACAUGGCUAAAUCCAACCGCCGAUCACUCCAAAGGUGAUCACGCCGGAAUUUUACAGGUGAUGACUAAGGUACCAGAGAUUGAUCCAGUGAUGGGUGAACCAGAUGAGAAGAGAUUGGACUUCACGGGGAUUGACAUUAGGCUGCCAAUGUUUGUAUAUGUAUCUCGAGAGAAGCGGCCUGGUUAUGACCACAACAAAAAGGCUGGAGCCAUGAAUGCCAUGGUCAGAGCUUCUGCAAUAUUGUCCAAUGGCCCAUUCAUCCUCAAUCUGGACUGUGAUCAUUAUUUCUAUAACUGCAAGGCUAUACGGGAAGGAAUGUGUUUCAUGAUGGACCGUGGUGGUGACCGGAUAUGCUACAUUCAGUUCCCACAGAGAUUUGAAGGGAUUGAUCCGUCUGAUCGAUACGCAAACCAUAACACAGUCUUCUUUGAUGGGAAUAUGCGAGCGCUUGAUGGUCUACAAGGCCCUGUAUAUGUGGGGACUGGCUGCAUGUUCAGAAGAUUUGCACUCUACGGAUUUAAUCCGCCAAGGGCUAAUGAGUACGAAGGCAUGUUCGGACAAGUAAAGACUCCAGCUCCCAAUGUUCCACCUCGGUCCCAAUCAGAGGAGGAUGAGUCAGACACACAACCUCUAACAGCGCACCCUGAUUUAGACCUGCCAAGGAAGUUUGGGAAUUCAACUAUGUUCACUGAGUCCAUUGCCAUUGCAGAAUAUCAAGGACGACCUCUCGCUGAUCACAUUUCUGUGAAGAAUGGUAGGCCUCCAGGUGCAUUGCUGCUGCCACGACCUCCACUAGAUGCACCAACUGUAGCUGAGGCAGUUGCUGUCAUCUCUUGUUGGUAUGAGGACAAGACAGAAUGGGGGGACAGAAUAGGAUGGAUCUAUGGUUCGGUGACAGAGGAUGUGGUGACGGGUUAUAGGAUGCAUAACCGUGGAUGGCGGUCUGUAUACUGUGUUACAAAGCGUGAUGCCUUCCGUGGAACUGCUCCUAUAAACCUUACUGACCGCCUCCAUCAGGUCCUCAGAUGGGCAACUGGUUCUGUUGAAAUCUUCUUCUCCCGCAACAAUGCCUUUCUUGCAACCAGACGCCUUAAGUUCCUACAGCGUGUCGCCUACCUCAAUGUUGGCAUCUACCCCUUCACCUCCAUUUUUUUGGUCAUUUAUUGUUUCCUUCCUGCACUUUCCCUCUUCACAGGACACUUCAUUGUACAGACCUUGAAUGUUGCAUUCCUUCUUUACCUACUUACCAUCACUAUCACUCUCACUCUCCUCUCCCUACUUGAAGUGAAAUGGUCUGGUGUUGGGCUAGAGGAAUGGUGGCGUAAUGAGCAGUUUUGGGUGAUUGGUGGCAGCAGUGCUCACCUUGUGGCUGUGCUGCAGGGCCUCCUUAAAGUCGUAGCCGGUAUCGAGAUUUCUUUCAAGUUAACUUCCAAAUCAGCAGCUGAAGACGAAGAUGACAUCUAUGCGGAUCUUUAUGUUGUCAAGUGGACUAGUCUCUUCAUAAUGCCGCUAACCAUCAUUGUGGUGAAUAUUGUGGCCGUUGUUAUUGGUUUCUCAAGAACUAUAUACAGUGUGAUACCCCAAUGGAGCAAGCUUUUAGGUGGCGUAUUCUUUAGCUUCUGGGUGUUGUCUCACAUGUACCCAUUUGCUAAAGGAUUAAUGGGGAGAAGAGGAAGGGUACCUACAAUUGUAUACGUAUGGUCCGGGCUUCUUUCGAUUACAAUAUCGCUGCUUUGGAUAUCAAUCAGUCCUCCAGAAGAUACAGUGAACAGCUCUGGUGGCGGAAGCGUCAACAUAUAA